CCAGAUCCAACUUGCACCACUCUCUCACCAUGGCCGCCUUUCUUCGACAAAAGCAGACAGGCAUGCAGAAUGACCUGUCUGCGUCAAUCAUCCCCGAGCUCUUUGCUCCCGAUUACCAGUCUGCAUACGGCAUCAACUCGCAGGUUAGUUGCCUAGCAUACGAUCCGAUUCAGUCCCUUCUCGCAAUUGCGACCAACGAGUCGAAGUUCGGCCCCGGCAAGAUCUUCGUUUUCGGCCAAAACAGAGUCUCCAAGGUCAUGGAGCCGCCAAGGCACACAUCUUUCCGUUCUAUCCACUUCACCGCCAAUAAGCUCGUCUCCCUUGAUGCCAAGAACGAACUGGGAGUAUGGGACCUCAACACUGCGAAGCGCAUCGCGGCUCUCGUCUGCCCCGGUCAGGUCAUUUCCAUGGUCACAGAUCCCAUGCUCGAUUGGGCCUUUCUUGGCAUGGCCACCGGAGAAGUCUUGGCCUACGAUUUGGACAGGGAGAACAUUGCGAGAUCAUUCCGGCUACCAAACUUUUGGAAAGAGAGGGAUCCGAAUGCCCGCAUUGUUGGGCUGGUGAGCAUUUCGUUGCAUCCGAGAGAUAUCGGGCAAAUGCUCAUUGCGUACACCACCGGCAUCGUUAUUUAUUCGUUCAAGCAAAACAAAGCUCUCAAGUUCUUCGAAUACGUACUUCAACCAGGCGCACCUGGUGGUGGAGGGCAGCCGGCGGACACAGUUCGCAGGCCGAGAGUCACGCAUGCUCUCUGGCAUCCGACAGGAACCUUUAUCAUGACGGCGCACGAAGAUGGCAGUUUGGUAUUCUGGGAUCCUAAGGAUGGCCGCAUCAUCAUGGCAAGGACCCUCACCGAAAUGAGUGUCGAUCAGCCAACACCGAACGCCGGACAUGCCGGCUACACAGAGCCAUAUGGACGUAUUGCUUGGUGCUGCAAGGAGAAUCCGGAUGAUACUGGGCUCUUGAUUUCUGGUGGUCAGAAUCCGGAAUCUCCCCAGGAGGGGCUGACCUUCAUCGAAUUGGGCCAAACACCAAUCUAUGCGACUUCGAGUUGGCAAGUCCUCCAGGACCAUCUGAAAGGCAAACGCCAAAUCACCUUGCCGACUCCACCGGGCGCUCAAGUGGCAGACUUCCUCCUCAUUCCUCGUUCUUCGCCCUAUUUUGCUGGCGCACAAGAUCCCAUUGCAAUCAUGACCCUCCUGACUUCGGGUGAGCUGCUGACGAUGAGCUUUCCGUCGGGAUACCCCAUCAGCCCCACGAACCAACUGCAUCCUUCCGUCUCCUUUGUCCACCCAUAUGUCAACAAAUUCGCUGUGCAAACGUUGGAUAGAGGUCGCUGGAUGGGAAUGGUUGAGACUAGAAACCAGGGCGAACCUCUUCUGAAGGGUGGUGCCGAGACCGCGAAGCCAAAGCGCAGAUAUGAAGGUCGCACGAUCUUCCAGAUAGCACAUGGGGACAGCACCGUGCGGCUUUGGGAUGCUGGUCAUGAUGAUGAGAUCGAGAAUCCAACCAUGCUGCAAGUUGAUGUGGCACGCGCACUGGACCGCUACCAGGACAUCGACAUCACCGCGAUGAACAUGGCCCCCAACACUGGCGAAUUCGCGGUCGGAACGCGUACGGGUGAAUUGGUUCUCUACAGAUGGGCCGGCAAUCGGUUCUUUGGAAAAGACCACCAUGAAGAUCUGCCGCCCAACCCGGGAGCGCUGACGGACAUCAGCUCAAGAGCGGAGCCCGGCCUCAAGGAGGGUUUGCAGCCGUGGCAACUGUACGAGAUGAUGCAAGGUCCCAUCACGGCCACUUGCGUCUCGGACGUGGGCUUCGUAGGCGUCGGCUCUGAGGGUGGUUUCUUCAGUGUCAUCGACUUGCGUGGCCCCUCUGUCAUCUUUCAAAUCUCCAUGACUGAAUUUGCUCAGCAAUCCAAGAGAUCAUCUUUCUUGAAAGGGUCUCAUGGGAACGCCCAUGGAAAGGAGUGGCCGGUGGCCAUCGAAUUUAGCGUCAUGACGCUAGAAGGCGACAACUACUCUAGCAUCUGUUGUUUUGUGGGCACGAACCUCGGCAAAGUGGCCACGUUCAAGCUGUUGCCAUCUGGCAAUAGCUACUCCGUCAAGCUAGCUGGCGUCCAGCAUUUUGAUGGCCAGGUAGUGGCACUCUGCCCCAUCCAAGCAGACUCUGGAAGACCUGCUUUUGCAACAGGUCCGAUUGUAGCAGGGCUCAGAAACGGGCAGCAGGUUAAUGGUGUUCUCGUUGCUGUGACACAAACUGAAAUUCGAAUCUUCAAGCCCGCCGGCGGGAAGGGCGCUUCCAAAACCUUUGACGACAUCCUCUGCGAUGCAGCCAACGUCACUGAGUUCGAGCUUCACGGCUUCGCCAUUGUCGGUGUGUUCGGCGACCGAACGACUCGUGCAUUCUCCAUUCCUGGUCUCAAGGAAAUUGGCAACGCGCCGCUUCCCAUGCUCGAUGGCAGUCGCACUCUGUCGUCCGUAGUUACGCAGACUGGCGACAUUUUCGGCUGGACUGGCCCCAGUGAGAUUGCCGUCCUCAAUGUUUGGGGUACUGGCAAAGAUCUUCAGAUAAGCGACGACAUCCUCGUCAACCCCGAGCUCGUCACACCCCCGCGCCCGACAAUCUCGAACAUACAAUGGCUCUCCGGCACGCAGCAUAUCUCUCCGACAGACCUCGACCUUCUCAUCGACCCUAAUCGCCCUCCAAGCCGGCGUAUGAUGGCCGCCGCGGCAGCUGAAGCGAGAGCUGCUCGCUCUGCAGGCCAGCCCGGCUCGAGUAGUGCGGGAGGAUCCAACGAAGGCUGGGGCGAUUAUCUGACGAGGCAGCUUAACGAGCGCACGGAGAAGCUGAACAUCAUGAGCGAUAACAUGGAUAGUCUGCAAAACCAGAGCCAGGGCUGGGCGGACGACGUUGGCAAAUACAUCAACAAGCAGAAGAGGAAUGUGGUCCUGGGAGGGCUGAAGAGCAAGUUCUUCUAAACUGGCUACGACGAAAUGAAUAAUGGCUUCUACGGCCUCAAAGGGAUAUCUUGCUAGAGCUUUGUGUAACUUUAGGGCGUUAGGUAUUGGAAUUUUCUCAUCCC